AUGGCCCCCCAGCAAGUUUCGCGGAAGCGGAAAGUCGUUGCCGCACCGACUGAAUCGCCAGGCCACGAUAAGUUGUCGGAUGAUGAGAUACCGCACGGCACCUUGUCUCUCGAUGGCGAAGAAUCCGAUGCCGGGACCUCUGGCUCUAAUCAAUGGUCAUCAGAUCUGGAGGGCUCUGACCAGCAAAGUGAACCGAGCGACGAUGAGGAAGACAUCGACGACGAAAUCGAGGGCGACUUUGAUGUCAAGGUGCCCAACUAUCGCACCGUGACGGAUGCCAAUGGCAACGAGCGCUACGAAUAUGAAGAAAUCGACCCGGUCUAUGACAGCGACGACAGUGACGCCCAAGAGGCCGAAAACACCAUUGGCAACAUCCCCCUAUCCUUUUACGACUCCUACCCCCAUAUUGGCUAUAACAUCAAUGGCAAAAAAAUCAUGCGUCCUGCCACGGGUGAGGCGCUCGAUGCUCUGUUGGACAGCAUUGAACUACCCAAAGGCUGGACCGGCCUUACAGACCCCCAGACCGGAAAGCCGCUCAAUCUGAGCCAAUCCGAGCUCGAGCUUCUUCACCGGUUACAGACCGGCGGUGUGCCGACGGAGGAUUAUGAUCCGUACCCGGAUAUGGUUCCAUACUUCACCAGUGUUGAGGAGGUGAUGCCCCUGAGCGCAGCUCCCGAGCCAAAACGCCGCUUCGUUCCCUCUAAACACGAGGCCAAGAGAGUGGCGAAGCUUGUGAGGGCCAUCAAGGAUGGCCGUAUUCUGCCUUAUAUACCGCCUGAGGAGCGCGAAAAGGAAACGGAAAAGGAGGACGAGACGAAUUAUGACCUUUGGGCCAAUGAAGAACCCCAAGAGGCCCAUGUGAUGAACAUUCCGGCACCCAAGCUUGCGCCUCCUGGAUAUGACCUCAGCUACAACCCCCCCGCGGAGUAUCUUCCAACUGCUGAAGAGCGACUCGCCUGGGAAAACGCCGAUCCCGAGGAGAGAGAGUCCGACUACCUCCCGGCCAAGUUUGACUCUUUGCGCAAGGUUCCUGGUUACUCUGGAUUCGUCAAGGAGAGAUUUGAGAGAUGUCUGGAUCUCUAUCUCGCACCGAGAAUCCGGAAGAAUCGACUGAAUAUUGAUCCGAACUCUCUACUCCCCAAACUCCCUCGCCCCGAAAACCUCAAGCCAUUCCCCACCGUGUGCCAAGCCAUAUUCAGGGGUCACCAAGGGCGUGUGCGCUCAGUAUCCUUCAGCCCCGACGGAGAGUGGGUUGCGUCAGGCGGCGACGAUGGCAGUGUGCGGGUCUGGGCACUAAACGGACGUCAGGACUGGGUCGUCAAACUUUCGUCUGCGGACUCGGUCGAUGCCGUUCGCUGGCGACCAAGCAAGAAGACGUUCAUUCUGGCCGCUGCUGCGGGGGAGAGCCUUUUCUUUAUGGUACCUCCACUGAGCAGCGGCGCUGUUGAAAAGCUGAGUCGUGAAACCCUGGAUGUCGGUUUCGGCUAUGCCGCCAACGGUUCUCAAGCGGCAUCCGUCAACGGUGGGGGGGGUGGAGAGCCGGUGGCAAAAUGGUCGAGGCCAGGCUCGACACUCGAGGAGGCUGGCGUGCUUCUCAAGGCUACCGUUCGGGCGCCCAUUAAAGUUCUCAACUGGCACAGGCGUGGUGACUUUCUUUGCUCCGUGUCGCCCACUGGUCAGCGGAGCUCGGUCACCAUUCACACACUUUCCAAGCACACCAGCCAGGUUCCUUUCCGCCGCCUGCCAGGCCUCGCACAGGAUGCUCAGUUUCACCCUUCGCGGCCACUCUUCUUUGUGGCGACGCAGCGAAUGAUCCGGUGCUACGACCUGCAGAGGCAAGAACUUGUCAAGAUAAUUCAGCCCGGCGCCCGCUGGAUAUCGUCCUUUGACGUUCACUCGGGAGGCGACAAUCUGAUUGUGGGAUCCUACGAUCGUCGGCUGUUGUGGCACGAUCUCGACUUGUCCAGUCGACCAUACAAGACCAUGAGGUUUCACGCUCAAGCCAUCCGCGCGGUGAGGUAUCACAAGGGCCUCCCCUUAUUCGCCGAUGCGAGCGACGACGGGUCGCUCCAGAUCUUCCAUGGCAAAGUGGUCAGCGACUUGAUGGAAAGCGCCACCAUCGUGCCCGUGAAGAUGCUUCGGGGCCACUCUGUCGUAGACAAGCUGGGAGUCAUGGAUGUUGACUGGCAUCCUCGACACCCUUGGUGCAUAAGUGCCGGAGCAGAUGGAACAUGCAGACUGUGGGCAUAG